ACCUCUUCAGAAAUGCCGGAACUAAUUGCUGAUGAAGCAAUUCUUGGAGCAGAUGAUGAUGACUAUGGCGAUUGGGAGGAGGUGAUGCCUGUUGAAGUCCACUGUCUUUUCUGUGAGGAAGUCUUCAAGUUGCCAAAUAUGCUCUUUGAUCAUUGUAGUUUAAAGCAUGGAUUCAGCAUCAUAGCAAUGAGAGAACGCUUCAAUCUUGAUGACUAUUCUUAUAUCAAGAUGAUUAAUUUUAUACGCAAGGAGCACCCAACAGUAGAGCAGCUUUGUAAUGCCAGCCAAACUCAACCACCUUGGAUGUUGGAUGCCUAUCUCCAACCUGUGGAUCCUUCUGAUGUAAUGCUUCAGUUUGAUCUCGAAGACUUGAGUGGUCUAAAAUUACCAGAAUCGGGUAAUGGAAUGGCAUCAGGAGGUGGCGAUACUGAAAAUCAGGAUAUUCACCUGAAGAAAAGAGAGUAUGCUGAUCUCAAGCGCCGACUACAAGAUGCAGAGAAGCAAGCUUUACAGACACAUGAAGAGUUGCAGCGCGUCCUCGGUGAUUUGGACAAAAUGAGGGGUGUUGCGAAAGACUUUAUGAUAAGUGGUCCACUAUCUGAGAAUGUUCCAUCAUCAGAAAAUGCUAUCCAGAAUCUGACAUCUUCUGAAGACGAGCCAUACUUUGACUCUUAUGGACAUUACGGUAUCCAUGAAACUAUGCUAAAGGAUAAAGUACGGACUGAAAGUUAUCGAGAUUUCAUGUUAAAAAACACAAUAUUGUUCAAAGAUAAGGUUGUGCUAGAUAUUGGCUGUGGGACAGGCAUUCUAUCGAUGUUUGCAGCGAAGGCAGGUGCACAUCAAGUGAUAGGAAUUGACCAAUCUGAGGUGAUCUAUUCGGCCAUGGAUAUCAUAAGGGAGAACAACCUCGACGAAGUGAUCACCCUCAUCAAAGGCAAAGUAGAAGAAGUUACUCUUCCAGUUGAAAGGGUUGAUAUAAUCAUUUCUGAAUGGAUGGGCUACUUCCUCCUCUUUGAGUCUAUGCUGGACACGGUUGUAUUUGCACGUAACAAAUGGUUGUCUGAAAGUGGUGCUGUCUACCCCGACAUCUGCUCAAUGUAUCUGGUUGCCAGCGGGGACGAGAACCUGAACACGGGUCGACUUGGUUACUGGGAUGAUGUUUACGGGUUUAAGAUGACGUGUAUGAAGAGCCAGGUGGUGAAAGAAGGAUAUGUUGAUGUUGUGAAGCCUGACAAGAUUUUGACGGAUUCCUGUAAGAUUAAGGAAAUCGACUGUAAUUCAUGCACUGUGCCAGAACUAGACUUCACAUCACCAUUUGAGUUGCGUGUACAGAAUGAUGGGAAGAUGACAGCGAUUAUUGGCUUCUUUGAUAUAUUCUUCAGAAAAGACUGUAGUCCAGUGGUGCAGUUUUCUACUGGCCCAGCAUCUACAGCCACUCAUUGGAAACAAACUGUAUUUUUGCUGGAGAUGCCAAUUGAAGUCAAGAAAGGGGAUGUACUGAAAGGGACGAUUGACUGUAGGAAAGAUAGGAAAGAUCCCAGGAGCUUACAGGUCAAGGUCACACUGAAUGACAGGACUAUGAUGUACUAUUUGGAUUAAAGUUGCUUGAGACCAUGUAAAAUAGACUUUAAAUCUGUUUUGAAAUACAUACAUAAGUACACUGCCAGUGAAGGAAUGAGUUGUGAAAAUUUUUGUGGUUGAUGUUAAU